UUCGAUCCUGUACAGUAAAUGGCGGAAUGCACAUUAAAUUGAGAGAUCGCCAAUAUACAAUCGAAGAAGAAGAAUGCUACAAACCAAAAAUACUGUGUAGGCGCGUGUGGUGUCCAGGGCAAUGCAGAUCUAAACAAAGAUGGCGGCCUGUGUCAUUCGUCGGACCUUGUUGUCCACGGUUAACAAAUAUAAUAGAAAACACGCCAUCAGUGUACUAAAUGUCGAUUUAAACAGUAGACAAACUCCGAAUAUGACGCGUUUAUCAUGUAGCUUGUUCAACGUCCAACAGAAACGGUUGAUGUCGUCAAGGCCAGAGGGGAAGGUGCUGGAGACAGUAGGAGUGUUUGAGGCUCCCAAACAGCAGGGGAAAUAUGAAACAGGACAGUUAUUCUUGCACAGUGUGUUUGGCUACAGAGGGAUCGUGCUCUUCCCCUGGCACGCCCGCCUCUAUGACCGCGACGUCAUUCCUGCGACGGAGAGCAAGCCUACGGAACCCCCUGGGGCACACCGGUCCAAAGAGGUGAAAGGGAAAACUCACACAUACUAUCAGGUUCUGAUAGACACCAGGGACUGUCCCCACAUUUCUCAGAGAUCACAGACUGAGGCGGUGACGUUUCUGGCCAAUCACGAUGACAGCAGGGCGCUUUAUGCCAUUCCAGGGCUGGACUAUGUGAGUCAUGAAGACAUCCUGCCUUACAACUCCACAGACCAGGUCCCCAUUCAGCAUGAGCUGUUUGAGCGUUUCCUCCAGUUCAAUGCCUCCAAAGUUCCCCCAUUCAUACCACGGGACACGCUGCAGGCGUGGCAGGAGAAGAACCACCCGUGGCUGGAGCUGUCGGACGUGCACCGCGAGACCACUGAGAACAUCCGCGUUACUGUUAUUCCCUUCUACAUGGGCAUGAGGGAAGCCCAGAAUUCCCACGUAUAUUGGUGGCGGUACUGUAUCCGUCUGGAGAACAUGGGGGAGGAGGUGGUGCAACUGAGGGAGAGACACUGGAGGAUCUUCAGCCUCUCAGGCACCCUGGAGACGGUCCGUGGCAGAGGAGUGGUGGGACGGGAGCCAGUGUUGUCCGAAGAGCAGCCUGCCUUCCAGUACAGCAGUCACGUCUCACUGCAGGCACCCAGCGGUCACAUGUGGGGUUCCUAUCGGCUCGAGAGGCCCAACGGCACCUUCUUCGACGUGCGCAUCCCUCCCUUUUCCCUCGAAAGCAAGAAAGACGAUACACCCAACGGCUUCCUGCCCGGCCCUUUCACCUCACUGGCCUGAGUCGAGCCAUGCCAUCCUCCAAAGUGCCCCACUGCUCCACCCACACUCACAUCACCCUCUUCAAAGCCUGCCCCUGUCCUGCUCACCACCCAUUCUCUUCUCCACAUAGGCUGUACCACCUAAUCAACAACUGUAGCCCCUCCUGCCCACACAAAUGCACUAGGCUCUUGGAUCGAUGUCAAGACUAAGUCAUUGGGAAGUGUGAAUGCGACUAUGCCAAACCUUGCAGAGAGCCCUGUGGAGCUAAGCAUUGUGCACAUACCCGGGGACUACCUUGUCUGCACUACAUCUACAGUGGCACUUCAAUAGUGACCUUUGCUUUGGUAGCACAUGGCAGUGUGGUCAAGACAGGUGCAGUCUGUGGUUCUCUAAUGAAAAGUAGUCUACCCAACAUUUAGUCAGCCGCCUAGACGAGUCAAUACUAUUAAAUUGCUUCCUUUUCUCCUCCAGUCUCCUGCCUUUCAGUACAACUCCUAUGGCUUAGAGAGCUAGGUUUCUGCCAUCCUGUUUUUCACCAGUCUUAUGCAGGGCAGGCUCAGCAGUGGAUGAGGAAAGGAAACCAUCUGACUAUUCUGACUUUUGCAUCUAUUCCAGAAUAAGACUUUUAGACACUUGAAACCAUUAGGCCUAAUACUGUUAGACUAUUUUUAACUAGGCCAGUGCCGGUUUGACUGAAAAGGACAAACCGAGUAGAAGCUCAGGCUGAGAGGAACACAAACAUGGUAUUCAGUAUCCUACUGAGUGACCCGUUCUGUUUUUGGAUCAUCUCUUUACAUUUCCAAUGGUACGUUAGUUUAAAAGAAAAUGUUAUUUGAGUCUGUGCUCUGACACGUUUCCCCAGACAUUUUAAGCCCAUUUCUCGCCAAGCCAUAGUGAAUCAAUAAGUAUAACUCAUUGUGAAUGAAACACUAUCUAUUAUGUUUUGUCGGUCAACAACAUACUGUGUGUGUACACAAAUGAAGAAGAGCAGUUGACUGUUUGCAAUGAGGAACAUGAGUAUAGUGUUUUAUUUGAACAUCAUAGCACCUAUAAUAGUAUGUUGCUUAACAUCUUCCUAAACACCGCUCAUAGUAGAGACCUACUCCCAAAAAGAACCGAGGUGACUACAUAAUCUGUGUUUUCUACUCCCUAUCAGUGCUGUACUUAUCAGGACCUCAACCCUCUAACACAGAGGCAGCAAAGCUGUGACGUAGUACACGACUACUAGUUAUAAUCAUGCUGCUUUGUUUAUCACAUGAGCUGUUAAAGGGGAAGUUCAGUAUUUUACAACUUAAUGUUAAAUGGUUCCUCACCCUGAAAGUAUGCUGCAUGACCCUAUCGCUUCCAUUUUUGUGUUGGCUGUUUAAAGAAUUUAACCAGGGAUUAUAGUUUCUCCUGGGCCAGAGACUACUUUCAAGAUCUAACAUUAAGUUGUAAAAUAUUGUACAUCCCCUUUUAAUGAUGGAAUCCGCAUUAGGGGUAACAGCCCACUUUCUGCCCCAGCAACUUGUUUUGUUUUGUUGAUGAAAUGGAGGUGAGGUGCGUCAAACGGUUUGUUCAUUUGUAGUAACUUUUUUGUUGUAAUAUCUAAAACGAACGUGGCAGAUUCACUAUUAAGGAUUCCCGCUUUAAUUUGUGCUGCUAUGAUAUGACAGCUGAUUCACUGCUGAUCAAAUAGCCAGUCACUAAUCAUAGAUGCUCAAUUACUAGAUUGUUCAAUCAAUGGCAGACAUUUGAAGUUGUUGUCAAUGUGUUACUGUAUAUCUAGUAAUUUCAUGAUGAUUUAAGUAUUCUUGCUCGUCUUUUUGGCACUUUCCUGUUUCUCCAGUAAAGGCAAGGCACUGCCACACCGUGACCACAACUGAGGUCACGUGUAUAUUUCUUAAUGUUAAUUUAUACUUUAGUGUGUUUGUGUGUGUGUAUAUGUAUAUAUGUGUAUAUAUAUAUACAUACAAUUUUAUGUGAUGGAAUCAGUUUUGUAUAGCAUUAAUGUGACUGAAGUGACACUGAUUAGUCAAUGCAUUUGAAUGGAAAUGUCAAAUUUGUGUGAAUGUGACUGGCUAAAUGAAUCAGUGACUGGAUUUGUGGACUUCAGUUUGGGAAUCCUAAAUAAACGCUUCUGUGAAUCAUUGAAA